CGGAGGGUCCUAGCUGUACUCGCGGUGUGUCAGUGUGCGUGAGCUUCCGCUGGCGAUUUGUAGAUUCUGUUAAGCCGGCGUUUCAGUCAGCAUUUAAAUAUUCAUAUCGAUUGGGCUUUAGGAACACUACAAACAUGUUUGAAGAAGCUAGCGAGGUGUUUGACAACAUGUUUAAGUCUUCUUUUCCGCUGACAUUUAUUGUGUUUUUACCAGCGGUGCUUAUUCUCGUCUCUCCGCUUCCAGCCGAGGCAGCGCACGAAUUCACUGUGUACCGCAUGCAGCAGUACGACUUGCAGGGGCAGCCGUAUGGCACCCGGAAUGCCAUACUGAACACGGAGGCCCGUACGGUAGAAGCCGAGGUGCUGAGUCGCCGCUGUGUUAUCAUGCGGCUGCUGGAUUUCUCCUAUGAAAGGUACCAGAAAGCUCUGCGUCAGUCCGCCGGGGCCGUGGUCAUCAUCCUGCCUCACAACAUGUCCACCAUGCCGCAGGACAUAGUACAGCAGUUCAUGGAGAUGGAACCAGAACUUCUGGCUACGGAGACCAUUGUUCCGGUGUACUUUGCUUUGGAGGAUGAAGAGCUGCUGUCCAUAUAUGAGCAGACCCUCAUGUCCUCAUCUUCUCAGGGCUCUGCGUCUGCGGCAGAGGUGCUGCUUCACACGGCAACAGCCAACGGCUUCCAGAUGGUGACGAGUGGGGCUCAGAGCAAGGCCAUGAGUGACUGGGCCAUCACCAGCCUGGAGGGAAGACUAGCAGGAGUAGGGGGAGAAGACCUGCCAACGAUUGUCCUAGUAGCUCACUAUGAUUCCUUCGGUGUGGCACCGUGGCUCUCGUACGGCGCUGACUCCAACGGCAGUGGUGUGUCUGUGUUGCUGGAGUUGGCCCGCCUCUUCUCUCGGCUCUACACCUACAAGAGGACACAUGCGGGGUACAACUUGCUGUUCUUUGUGUCUGGAGGAGGGAAGUUCAAUUAUCAAGGGACUAAGCGAUGGCUGGAGGAGAACCUGGAUCAUACUGAGUCCAGUCUUCUCCAGGACAAUGUAGCGUUUGUGCUUUGCCUGGACACCCUGGGCAACGGGAACAGCCUGCACCUCCACGUAUCUAAGCCUCCCAAAGAGGGCAGCCCCCAGCAUGCCCUGCUGAUGGAGCUGGAGAUGGUGAUCUCCAGCCAGUACCCAGAAGUGAGGUUCUCCAUGGUCCACAAGAAGAUCAACCUGGCAGACGACACGCUGGCCUGGGAGCACGAGCGCUUCGGCAUCCGCAGGCUGCCCGCCUUUACACUGUCGCACCUGGAGAGUCACCGCAGCACGUUGAGGAGCAGCAUCAUGGACAUGCGGCCGCAUGUGGAUCUGAAGAAGCUGAGCCGUAACACUAAGAUCAUCGCAGAGGCGCUUGCCAGAGUGAUCUACAACCUGACAGAGAAGGGUACUCCAGGAGACCUACAGAUCUUCACUGAGCAAAUGCAGGUACAGCAGGAGCACCUGUCCUCUGUGGUGGACUGGCUGACAUCCCAGCCGCGUGCCGCCCAGCUGGUGGACAAGGACAGCAGCGUGGUGAACACCCUGGAGUACCACCUUGGCCGGUACCUGAAGGAUGUGAAGAAACACACAGUCAGAGCUGAUAAGAGGGACCCAGAGUUUGUCUUCUAUGACCAACUCAAGCAAACGAUGAAUGCGUACAAGGUGAAGCCGGCCAUCUUUGAUCUGCUCCUUGCAUUUUGUAUAGCAGCCUACCUGGGCGUAAUGUACCUGGCUGUCCAGCACUUUGGUGUUCUAUACGGCGUCAUGCGCAGAGUCAUUCAGCCCAAGGCCAAGCAGCACUGACGGGAUGCAGAGCUUCGGCGCCCCGAGGGUCUGAUUGGAAGAGCUGCUUCACCCCUGAGGCUGAGAAUUGUUGUGAUUGGUUUUUUUGUUUUUACCUUUUUUUUUUUUUUUUUGGUUUGUCACGGUUCGAUUCGUCUUGCCAAUUUUGUCAUCCGGAGCUCCUAGCUGCCUGCACCGCCGGUGACAGGCAGUCCAGCCUUUGGUCUUCCUCCGCCAACGCGCAGCCGCCCUCCGUUUCGAUCCCCAACUGUCCUCAGACGCCUCCCCCCCACCUCACUUCUGAACACAGGCAACCCUCGGCCACACUUCCAUUUUCGGCAGCUAUUGUGGGCUUAAAGACGAGCUGGUGAGAAAGCAGGGGGUGUCACGGAUACAUGCAGUAUUUUAUCUUCUGUGAAUUUUAGGAGUAUUUUGGAGGGAAAAUGGUGGCAGUGCAAGUUUUUUGCAUUACCUGCAUGAAAUGUGCUACUUAAAAACCAGUGUUGAUUUCCCCCAUUUGAGAAGUACGAUUUUUAAUUGUUAGACUCCUUUAGAAGGCCUUGGUCCUUAAUGCUGAGAUUGUCACGUCACAUGUAUGUCCAAAACAUGCAUUCAUGUGUGCAUCAGUCCUCCUUACCCCCGCCACUGUCACCGGGAGCCCUUACUGUGUUACGCCUUUAUAAAACAUGCCUUCAUGAGGGUAUUUGAAGUUAUCCGGUUCCCUGGAUCAUUGGUGUCCACCUCACUGAGCAAAUCUUUACCAGCACAUUGUCUGGUAUGUCCACUUGGGAUAGACACUUGGACUCCAUAUAAAAAUGGCAGGUAUAUUUCACCUUAUGUAUCAGGUGUUAAUUUGCAGAGACUUGCUCGCCAUAUUCUCUACUUGUCGCAAAUUCCCUUCCCCUCAUUUUCAGGACUUCAAAAGCUUAACUGCUCUGAUAAUCCAUUUGUGGCAUGGUGCUGGUUUGGUCAUUAUGUUCAUAGAGUGCGUUACAAGAGCCAUAUACUCCAUAAAUGUGAAACACCGCUAUCCCGGCCUUACUGCGUCUGACUACAGGAAGUACUGUGAGGUACAAAUCUUAAUUUAUUGGAGCAAAGAUUGCAUUACUGUGCACUGAACCAAACCCUGUUCUGUUCCUUUUACCUACAAGUCUGGAUGGUAUCACACUCAAGAAUGCGUGAUUCUCAAGAAAAGAAUAAAUGUUUGAAAGAUUCA